GAAAAUUAUAGCGACGGCCAUAUUGGUUAUUGUGUUCUCGGUAAGUGGUGACUGCUGUAAUUUUCAUCACCAUUCAUCGACUCUAUAUCCCAUUUUAACUGCUCGCUUGUAUUAUAGAGGAUUAUUUUCCCCCCCAAGGAGAGACUUCCAAACCCUGUAAUUUUCAUUGGAACAGUGUUCAUAUUUGUAAAAUACAUUUCUACGCACAGAUUUAUUCUUAGAACUAUAUAUUGUACAGAGAAAGACUGUCAAGCCUGAACUUUUUUUAGCAGGCAAUAUAAAUUUUUAUUUGUGAUUUAUAAAGAAUGGCUAGCGCCAAGACGGAUGGCCCUGUGGCCAACCACACUGCAGGUCCAGCUGGGCGGCCUGGGAUGGCACCUCACACCAUGCAAAAUAAAGGUCCUUUAAAAGAUGCAGAAGAUUGGAAAAAAGGAUUGGUGAGACCUCCCACCGACCGGAGGGUGAAAACCUCGGAUGUUACAAAUACAAAAGGCAAUGAAUUUGAAGACUAUUGCUUAAAUCGCGAGCUUCUGAUGGGUAUAUUUGAAAUGGGCUGGGAAAAGCCUUCACCCAUCCAAGAAGAAAGCAUUCCUGUUACCCUAUCCGGUCGCGACAUAUUAGCCAGAGCUAAGAACGGCACAGGGAAAACUGGUUCAUAUCUUAUACCAAUACUUGAAAGAAUAGAUUCUUCAAAGGAUUACAUACAAGCUAUGGUACUUGUCCCGACAAGGGAGUUGGCAUUGCAGACGAGCCACACAUGUAAGCAGCUAUCAAAACAUCUAGGUGCUAGAGUCAUGGUCACCACUGGUGGGACCAAUCUCAAAGAUGAUAUCAUGCGACUUUAUGAAAAUGUACAUAUAGUAAUAGCAACUCCAGGUCGUAUAUUGGAUUUAAUGGACAAAGGAGUUGCCAAGAUGAGCAAAUGUGCAUUUCUUUGCCUUGAUGAAGCUGAUAAACUGUUAUCACAAGAUUUCAAGAAUAUGCUAGACAGGUGCAUAAACUUCCUCCCAAAUGAUAGACAAAUUAUGUUGUUUUCUGCAACUUUUCCUUUGUCAGUACAGGAAUUUAUGACACGUCAUUUAAACAAACCAUAUGAAAUAAAUCUCAUGGAUGAACUUACAUUGAAAGGUAUUACACAAUAUUACGCCUUUGUACAAGAGAAGCAAAAAGUACAUUGUCUGAACACAUUAUUUUCUAAGCUACAAAUCAACCAGUCAAUCAUAUUUUGUAACUCUACACAAAGAGUGGAACUCCUUGCCAGGAAAAUUACAGAGCUGGGUUAUUCCUGCUUUUAUAUCCAUGCGAAAAUGAGACAAGAACACAGAAACCGAAUAUUCCAUGACUUCCGUAACGGUGCCUGCAGAAACCUUGUAUGCUCAGAUUUGUUUACACGUGGUAUUGAUAUACAAGCAGUGAACGUGGUGAUCAACUUUGAUUUUCCCAAACAUGCUGAAACUUACCUCCAUCGUAUUGGAAGAUCUGGUCGCUAUGGCCACCUUGGAAUCGCACUUAAUCUCAUCACAUAUGAAGACCGCUUUUCUCUUUAUCAAAUUGAACGUGAACUCGGCACGGAAAUUAAGCCGAUACCGGGCAGCAUCGACAAAAGCUUGUAUGUCGCAGAAUAUCAUUCAUUACCUGACGAAGCGGACGGUCAGAAUGAAGAAAAGUAAAUGAGAUUAACAUGGUCCUAAUGAGAAUUACAACGGACCUUUUCUGACAAAAAAGGGGGGAGGGGGGCUUGAAAAUUUACCAGAGAGAAGAGUUGUCUUUAAAUCAAUUUUGCUCUGGUUUUUUUUUUGGGAAGAGUUUUAUUUAUCUUAAUGAAGCAAAGUUUUGGAAUUGGCAUUCUUUCUUUUACUGGAUAACAAAGUGGCAGACAUUUAAAUGAAACUUUGCUGUUGCCUGGUCUGUCUGUGUUAAUCUAGUUAAAUAUGAUGCAAUAUUUGGAGACAUAAAAGUUGUCUUUUAGUUAGGGUGUGGGAUGGGGCCUUUACAAUACUGUAGUUGACUGAAACUGAUUUCAUGAGAUUUAAAUGAUUACAUUAAGAUUUGCAAUCAAGACUUUAAAAUGAUCAAAGCAAACUGAGUCUUGGAAUCAGAAAUGCAGGAAAACAUUCAAAUUUCUGUAAUGUCAUUUCCUCCAACAUUGUUGCAAAAAUCUUUUUUUUGGGGGGGGGGGGGUAAUUUUGUUCUGUUGUAUACACGAAAUGAUGUGCCUAUUUUUUAAAUGUAGUAUAGUUAACGGAAUCCUGAAAUGAUGUGAUAUUAAAUUUUUUCAGGUAAAUCUCCCCUACAUUGAAAUCUUAGUAAUAUGCAGCUUUAAAAUUGUUUGCUAAUUCCAAAACUUUGCUUCGUAGAGUCGUCUCAAGUGUUCAAAACAGAUGACAAUUUUGUAAAUACAGUGAUUUUUUUUUUUUCUUAAGUUGUAGAUUACAGUGACGUUUUAGUCUAUGAAACCAAUUUCAAAAAUAGGCUGCCCAGUCUUCAAGUCAUUGUAACCUGCCAUGUUCAGAUUUAUGCACCAAGCUCUUUAAAUGUAAUUCUGCAUGUUUAAUAGCACAAGCAUUCCGAAGAUGUACCCUCACAGGCACAAAAAUUUAGCUUGCCGAAACCGGUGUGACUGGUAACGGAGUGACAAACUCUUAUAACGCUGCAUUCAGAUAUGCUGAGCCAACUGUGGGAGAUGAAUCUAGUAUUGUAAUUGUAGGGGUGCUUCUGUGCUGAUGCGCAGCAAAUUUUCACGUUUUACAGAAUCCUGCAAACCAAAUUCUUGGGAUAUUGAUUUUUCAGAGAAACAAAACUAGCUGAAAAGAAACAUAAAAUAAAGUGUUGAUACUGUACCCCCACUAAAGUUUCUUCUGCAAGAUGUAUCGAGCCGUUUCCUGAAUACCAAAAAUCAAGUUUUUGAAAGAGUAAUUUGAAGAAUUGCUGAAGCUUGGUGCAUGUGACUGAACCCUGCAGGAAAUCUUAGUUUAUUUUGGACAUUGCUACUCAAACAGGAAACUUGUUCUCCCCCACAACCUGUCAAAAAAUUGGGAGAAUUUACUUUUUACAGCUGCAUUUUGUAAUGAAAUUUGAAAAAAAAACAGCUUUGAUUUGAGUUUUAAAAGAAAGUCCGUGCAAGUAUUGUGAUGCAAGAUGACCGGUGUUUGAAGAACGAUGAACAAUAGUGUGCAAACACCCUAGGUUAAUAAUUUAAGUUCACCAUCGCAAGGCAAGCAUGGAUAUGGUCCUUUCCAGUUAAGUUCUGUAUAUUUUCUUAUUUUAAGAAGAUUGGGUUUUUAAGUUUAAAUUUUAUUUUUAGGUCGUGCGUGUCUACUGUUGCCUUUUCUUGUACAUGCAAAAAAAGUUUGGCAACAGUAGCAAGAUGUAAUCUUGUUGAUUUUACUGGACAUCCUGUUUUUAUACAGGAGCUGCAAUAGGGAUUUGGGGGAGGGGGGGUUUAAAAGUUCCCUAGUUGCAGAGGGAUGUGGGGUUGAGUUUUGGGUUGUGAACAGACUGCCAUUUUGUGAAGUCUACUGUCGAAACUGCGAGAUAUUAAGUAGACUGUAAAUGCAGUGCAGUGCAUCAGACGAGUGAUGAAAUUUAAGGUUUUUAUGAAGUUUGUGUAUAAACUAUGCCAAGGUUAACUGUGGAAGAUGCACAAAUCAAGAUGCUGCUCCCAGAGGCUAUUUAUUACCCGAGCUCUUGAUACAGUACAGCAGCAUGCAAGAGUUGACAGAUUACAAGUAUGACGAGAUGCAAAUCACCUUGUCUGGUGGAACCAUUACAUAAGCAGGACUCCAUACUGCUCUCUGGAUUCCAGACACAAGAAACUUAGGUGUUGAACUUCAGGACCAUCUUGUCCCGAGACAUUAUUACCUGCGAUUAUGGAAGCAAAUAAAUGCACUCGAAAAUUGCUCCAGAAGGAUAUGGAAAAAGACUUUGCAGGUGGCAUAACUUUUAUAAGGCAUUCUCGUGUACAUUGCAACAUGGAAUAACGUACUGUAUAUAAUCCAAUUGGACUUGGACUCGAAGAUUACACUUUUUGAGAUUGACAUUGCUGCUGAUCAAGCACCUUUGUGUGUAUUUUGAAAACUAGAAACCAGAGUGCCGAUUAAUAUUGCUGGAAGAUCCCACCCGAAUCUUCACUAUGGUGAUGCAUUACCAUAUGUACUACAACAAACUAGUUUAGAUUCAACGAGUUUUAUGACUAACUGGAAAUUGUAGAUGUAAACCAGGUGUGUCUACAUAACGGAGGAUUAGUCUACCAAAAUGUUGGCGACUUGUGACUGGUAAACAAUGUAUGGUCAACAUCUACCAGUCAACAGUGUGAAAGAGUACUGACUUAAAUUUACAAACAAAAGGAACUCCUUAGAUAUCAACUGAAUAGGGAUGUUUUUUUCAAUGCGCUUCAUGCGCUAUAAAAUUGAUUGUCUGGUAGUUUUAAACAUUGCAUUUACAUAUCGGCGUUCAGAAAAUUAACUUGUGUCUUUUGCAGUGUUUUAGAAUUACCAGUGGUUUAGGAAAGCCCACUCAGCUGGUUACCAUUUUUGUGUGAUAAGUGGGCAAAACUGGUGCAAUCUGAUAUUUACAAAUGUAUCAGGCACCCCCCAAAAAAAAUCAGCUUACGAAUAUUGCAGCUAUCAACUGUUCAUGCACUGUUAAUACAUGUACCUUCAUAUUCCAUUCAGUGUACUUGACGUAAAAUCGUAAUGUCACUCUGUAGCGAGUGUCCAGUGCAUCCUCUACACUUGAAGAAAUGGUGCUCAAUUUGUGCAGUUGAUGGCUGGGAUAUUUUCAGCUGCUCAAGAUUGUGCCCACCCAUGUCAAAACUGUUUUUCAACUCCCAUGGUGGGGCAGAAUCUUUUUCGCACUGCAUAAUCUGAACAUUGCCUUGAGGGUUUUUGUCCUUCACCCAACUCUGUUGCUUUAAUGCUUUUUAGUGAAUAUUAAUAUUUUGGUAAUUCGGUUUUUGCUGGUUGAUUUUAUGCAUUUCUGCUUACGGCAUGCAUGAAUUCAACGUACAAGUAAACUGUAGGUAGAAUACAAUCUGUCAACUUCCAAAAGUAUUCUAUUGUACACAAAAUUAUCCAUAUCAUUUCUCUUGUACAGCUGGUCAUGCCCCCUCCACUUUCAGCCAACUUGUGGCAAAUUCAGAUUAUGCAGUUGUACAAUUUUUAUUUGAAACAAAUUAUUUUUUUGUUUACCAAACUUGUUUUCACAUCAAUACUUAAUUCUGUUGCAUUUAGGGUUGUACUGACCUAAAGUACGAGACUAAGUUGGUGUUGUAAUGUUGCUGAGAUUUCUGUUUGAACAUUCUCUUAUGCUUGGCAACUCAACUUUGCAGAAGUAAUGAGAUUCUUCUUGUACCUUUCCAAAAUGUUCUGCCCACAUCUUCAGCCCACAUCUCUAUUUUGAUAUCUUUCAUAUUGCUGGUAUGAUCACUGCAAUUGUUCAUAUUUGCGUUAAUGUCAGUUUCGAAAUUCGUACGUCGUAACAUGACUAGCCCUGAAAUAAAAAUUCAGUUUGGGUCUUCAACAUUAGUUUUAUUCUGUUUUGAAAUGAAACUAAACUUAAGUUUGCAUAUAUACCCAAAUUAAACUUUUUAGUGGACUCUUUUUCUUGUGGAUAAAAAAAAUCACUCCUCCAAUAGAUUUGGUGAACUAGAGUAAUGUGCAGAAUAGAGAUUUGUACUAAUGUUUACAUUUUAUUUAUGCAACAGAAUUGGUCCACUUAGUGGUUGUCUUGUGGCCUCGAUCUUUGGUAUCGGUUAUUCUCCAGAUGACCUUUGUACAUUUAAUACAAGUGAUUCAACUUGACUAUCAUGAUUUGAAUUCUCAAAACUUUUUUGGCAAUUAGGUCAUCUGUAUUUGUAUCUCUUCUGCAUUGUUACUUGCAACAUUAGUUUCCUAUGAAUUGUUUCCUAAGUUUAUCCAGAUCCUAACAACUAAGUAAUUGCAGCAUUUUCUUGUAGUGCAGAUUAUAAUUUGAUAAAGUAAAACAAAUUGCGAAAGCACUCGAGAUGCAUAAUUCACCUUUCCAGUUUUGCACGCUGUUCUUGCACUCGUAGCAGCUCGCCUCAAAACUGACAGUGUCAACCACACAUAAAAUAUUUGGACAGAAUGUGCUUUCAGUACUAUGCAUAAGUGAAAUAUACCGUACUGCAACUGCUGGUCAUUUCAUAUUAGACAAUUUGGAACACUGCGAGAAAUGCAUUUAGAUUUGUUAACUGGCAUUGGACUAGCUACAGUGUUCUUAAAUUGGUAAACUUAAUUGUGAAAAGGUGCUGUAACCCUCUGAAUCGAGUAUAUUGAUUAUCAGUCUUGUUGAGCAGAUCGAAGUAACAAUGCUGAAGAGAUUUUACAGACUAUCAGGUUUAUAUGCAAGUGAACCUUUUCUUCGCCCUCAUGCCGAACGCUUUUUGAUGUGUAAACAAGUUUGUAAGCUGUUUUUUGCGAAUCAUGGCUAUAGAAAGAUAUCAAAGGCCUCACAAUUUCUGCAUGUAGUAUUUUGACUGCACUUGUGUCAUGGUUCAAGUUUGUAACUACUUCUCAAUCUGUUUAAUUGAGUGAACAAGCAAUUUGUUGAAAAAUCCAACAGUGCGACAAUUUAAAUUGAUAAAGUUUAAGUAACAUCUGCUUUGCUCGAACUUGAAGUUUGUCUGAACUCUAUCCUAACAGGAUUUUCGACUUGCCUAGUCUCUGAUCCAGCAAGCUGACCCGUGUCGAUUAAAAAAAAAAUUGCAGUCGGAAUUCUUCAUCCAGAAAUUGGCGCUAACAAAUAAAAUUAAAAAAAGCAGGAGAAGUUUCUUUAGUUACACACCUGUUAAAAACUUUCAAAGCAAAACGCUAUGUAGUAUUCAUUUCUUAACAGAAUGGUAUCUUCAGUUCAGCUUUAAACCUAUGCUGUCUUCCUAAAAUGAUUGUAAUGUUAUUUGCAAUAAGAUAUGAUUUUGUUUUGCAGAUAUUGUUUUGGGAGAGUGAGCUCGUUCUUUCUCUGCCUACAAGUUCAAUAAAAGCACACGUACCUUCUCCUGCAA